CAAUGAUUUGUUUGUUAGUAAAAGCACCGAUAGAUGAGUAGAACAUCUUUGGUAAAAGUAAUUGGAUGUGCAAAUGUUGGCUAUCUAUAGAAAACGGGUUUAGUUUGCUAGCUAACUAGUAUAGUAUUAGCUAGCUUGCAUGCAGAUAUCAACCUUUUUAGCCACGUUGUAAGCGCUUAGUGUAUAUUCUAGGCUUGGUCACUCUAUCUAACGUUAGCAUCAAACUCUUUAGCUAGCUAACAGUAGCUUGUUCCAGUGGCUAUUUUUCUUUGCAAACUAACUAUGGAUAACAUUAUUGAUCCAGCAUCAGAACAAGAUCUCCCUCUGUUCUCCUUGCGUCUCCUGGUUCCACCUCUACGCCUGAUGUCUGCUUUCAUGUGGCAAGUGGCUCAACAACGUAAUGUGAUGCAAUAUGGGAAGCUGGAGGAGUUUGUGACUUUUGUGACAGAGAUGGUUCCAGAGUUGCUGAGCUCCAGGCAGAGGACACAACUCAUUCUUGGACUAAGAGCAAGGCUGGUUUUAGAGUUGUGUUGCAGUGCGGGCACAGCUGACCUGCUGACCAUCCAGGCCCACCUGGACAUAAUCCACACAUUGACAGAAAAGUCUUUAKACAAAGAGAGUCAUGGUGAUGACUUGGAGGCUGCAGAUUGUAACUUUGUGGAGCUGGUCCAAACCCUGCUGGAAGACCCUUCUGAGAGGGAGCAUUUCUUCCAGGAGGUGUUCCCAGUCCACUAUGGCCCUCGGUAUGACACAGCGCUGCAGACACUGGUGUGGGAGUUCUCUCCAGACUGGAGGAGCUGCUGCCUGUACCAGGCCUCACGCAGGUAUGGAGGAAAAGAUCUCAGUUCUAAAAGAUUGACGGAACAUGGCGUCAUGUGGCUCUACAGAUGAAUUUAAUGGUGUUCUGGUCAUUUCAAAAUGUGUCUAAAACCUCAAGUGGCUGGUACAAUGUAUUAACUCUUAUUAGCUG